UUCCCCUCAAAGGCACCUGCCCUCCAAUAGCCCCACAAUGUUAAUGAGUGACCCAGGAGGCGAGGGAGGAGGAGAAGAAGAUUGGGAGGAAUAAGCAGCCUCCCUCGUUGCUCCCCGGACUCAGAGACAGCCCCUACCUUCAUCCCAGCAGGUUCUCAGGACCCUCCGCCAAAGCACCAUGAAGUUCUUCGUCCUCACACUGGCCUUGGUCAUCCUGACGGGCACUUGGGCUUCUGUCCUCGGAGAUGAGCCGAAUUCCAGGCUGGAUAAGCUAAUGGAGCAGUUGAAAGAAGAUUGGGAAAACAUUACCGGAACAGUGCAAGAGAAACUGGGCUUGAUUGAAAAUUCGGAGGUGACCAAGGAACUUACUAACCUGAUUAAAUCUGCCUAUUGGGGAAAUAUUGGGAUGCGCUUGUAUGCCCUGCAUGAAGAGUUACCUGCUGAGGUCGUGCAGAGUCUGGAGAUGUUUAUCGAGGUGCCAUCAGUUGUUUCAGAGAAGGCUGUCAGAUAUCUAUUUGCCCUGCAAAGCUAUCGAGGGCGGUACCAAGAAGAGCUCGGUGAAGCAUUGCAUUCUGCCCUGGUGGGUUACGUCGAUCCAGUUCUAGAGAAGGUGGGUCCGUACGCAGCAAUCCUACACAGUGCCGUCGUCAGCAGAAUGCAGGAGAUCACCCUUAAGAUGGAUGAGAAGAUACUGCAGCAAAUGGAAAUUCUGAAAACCCAGCUGGAGCCACACAUCAAGGAGUUUCAAGAAUCCCAAGCAUCCCUUCAGUCCUAUCUUGACGACGCCUACGAGCUGAUCAGAAAAGGAGCGGAGACAAUCCACAAGCACUUACUGAAGCCGUACUUUGCUCCCAUUCUGAAGUUGUACAACAAAUACAAAAAUGACAUUAGGGAGUGGGACCCUGAGUUUUACCAAAUGCCAUGAUUUUUCUCACAAGUCACAGAGAAUGGAAUCUUACCCAGCAUCUAAACAGAGAUCAGAAUAAAAUAGUUUACCGGUAUUUGGUGUGUGUGUGUAAGUCUGUGAUCUUCCCCAAAUGGUAUAAUAAAGGACAAACUCUGAUAGAUGGGGUGGCUGUUUCCCCUCAACGGUCUUCUUGCUGUUGCUGUUGCAAAGCCAUUUUCUUCUCAGAAGCAGAAGUGAAGGGCUCCAAUACACCCGUAAUCCAAUAUGUGGAUUAUGUUGUACCUAUAACAGUUGGGUAGGGGGAGCUCAGCCU